AUGCCUGAAAAUCUCCAAAUCGACCCGGUAUGGACACGGGAGUACGCCGGGAUCAGAAUGCUAUACUAUGCGGAGCCUGAGGCACAGAGGAGCCGUAUCCGGGCUCCGACGUUGGACACUCGGGCAUUCGCCUGGGUUGAAGAGGUUGCCCAGCGGAUCGAGCAGGGCCAAACGGAAUGCACAGCACACCAUCUGGUACAAUUGACAGGACAGUCCCCGCGAUACGCCUGGACCCAGCUCGCGCUUUGGUUCCUUGCAUACAACCCAGCAGAAAUGGUCAAGUUCUUGCUUGCAACACAUGUGGAGCCUUACGUGUCGCCUGUGCAUGUCCAGGAUUCCUUGCGGCAACUGGGAGCUUACCUCUUUCACUACCAAGGAGGAGACGAUGAGACACAGUUGCAAGCCGUCGUAGAUGCCUUUUGCGUCCUGGCCAACCGCGGCGGCGACGGACACCUCACAUUCAACAAUCCUUUCCCGCAAAGCUUUCUUGCACGCUGCUCCGUGGAGCUGAAUUUGCGAAUCUACGAGACCAUCAAGACCCGCGGAGUCAAGAUCGCAGGAUGGAACUGGCUGCACUACACGACAUACUUCGCCAAGAACGACUGCUAUGAGCAUGCUCUCGAUGCGCUCGUCAAGGCUCACGAAGAAGGCGGCUUUCGACUCAACAGCUUCGCCUUCCGCAGCAACUGCUCCACUUUGCUACGCCGCGCAAUCAGCCAGCCAGACGGUCUGCGCGAAACCCUCCGCAUCGUCUCAACUAUCGUCGACAUGGGCGUGACUCUCGACAGACCCAUCUGCGACAUCAUCAUGCUCAACGCUAUCGAAGCCGGCGACCUCAAGACAGCCUUCGAUGUGUACCACUCCCUCAUGCAACGCGGCCUUCGCCCCACCGAGUCCACCUUCACCAUCCUCCUUAAAGGCUGCAAAUCGAAUAUUGACGACGUGACAAUGCUCAACGAAGUCAUUCGCGACGCCAUCACCAACAUCGACGUCCGCGCCAGCAAAGUCGUAGCCAGCAAUAUCAUGCACUGCCUCGCGCUGCACCACUCCAAACACCACCCGGAAACCGCUUUCCAAACUUUGACAGAAGCCUACGUCCAAUUCUUCGAUCUCACUCCACUCAAACGCCUCGGCCUACCUCUCCCAACCAUCCCUCCAGUCCGUCUAACAACCGCCGACCUCCUCCACCCCACGCCACACGUCCUAGGCUGCAUGCUCGGCGCCUCCAUCAACAACAUCCUCCACCACAACCCCAACGACCCCAAACUCAUCCUCCCCCUCUACACCCGCUACCGCACCCUCCUCGCCCACGCCGACCCUGUCUGGGCUCCCACGGCAUCCACCGACCAUAUCCCAAACAUCUUCCUCGCCGCCUUCAUCCGGCGCCCCUCGGGUCUCCUAGCAGCCGCGCAGGUGGUGAAAGACAUGCAACACGACCACCCCGCCGCCUCCUCCGGCUUCGCGCAGUGCAGACCUACGACACAGACCUGGAAUAUCUUCCUCCACGGCUUCUCCCGCCACGGCCAGACGCGUCUCGCGGAGCGCGUCCUCCAAUACAUGCGCAAGCUUGGCGUGAAGGAGGAUAUCGUGACCUGGAACACUCUCAUCCACGGUUACGCGAAGGUGCAGGAUGAGGAGGGCGUGGUGGAGAGUGUUCGAAGAGGGGCCGAGGGGGGGGUGGUUUGGGAUCGGUGGACGGAGGGUGGGGUGGGGAAGUUGAGGGAUGGGGCUGGGAGGCAGAGGGUGGGGGCUAUGUUGAGGGAGAGGGAGGGGAGGGUGGAUUUUGGGGAGGAGAUUAGGGAGGGGUUGAAGGGCAGGUUGGAGAGGGUUGGUGGUGGGGAGGAGGUGCCGGAUGGGCGUGGGUGUGGUGAUGGGGGGGAUGGCGCGAAUAUCUAUGGCCGUCCUCCGCACUUCACUUCUUCGCCAUUCAUGUCUGCCACGCCGAACGCUCAAUCAUCCCAUCCCCACAACGGACAAGACGAGAACGCGACCGCGCAGCCAAAACAGACUCCUACCAACACCAACGCCAACAUCUUCACAUUCUCCUCCCCCACUCCUGCUGCGCCUUCGACUGUUCCUUUCUCAAGACGCGCGGUGAAGAAAGCACCAACGCCCAAACCCGACGAGCUACGCGAGAGACGAAGAGGAGCUUUUCUGCGCAAGAUUCGCGACGAGAGGGAAGACGAGCGUUUCGAGGCGCGGAGCGAAGAUAUAAUGCGCCUUGAGUUUGUGAGAAGGCAGAGAGCAUGGGAGGAGGAAUUGGCGAGGCAGGCGCCGAUGCUUGAUGCGGAGCCUACGGAUGGUGAUAGUGAGGGGUCCUUGUGGAGGUGGGAUGCGCCGGGGUCGAGCGCUGAGGGGAUGGGGAUGGGGAUGGGGAUGUCGAGUCAGCCGUGGGCGGAAGAGGAGGUGGAGGAGGUUUUGGGAUGGGAGGAAAGGGAGAUGGAGGCGUUGAUUGAGUAUGCGCCUUUGCCUACGUCCGGUGAGGAGGGAAGGGGUGGGGGAGGGGAUGCGUGGAGCGAUGAUGGGGAUUAUGAUGCGCUGUUUGAGGAGAUUAUGGGCCAGGAUGGUGGGAUGGGGGAGGUGCGGCAGCAGAACAACACGGUGGAAGGAGGGAAUCAGGCUACAGGUGGGGCAGGCGAGGCGAUGGAUAUGUCGUGA